AAUAUCCGGCCCGGACGGAAGUUGCCAAGCCGGGAUUCAUUAGGAUGGACAGUGGGAGACCGUUGGUACUGUGCUGACGAGACUACAUCAUGACUCACCAGACUUCAAGGCUCUCAGAGUCCUCAAAGCAGAGGCUUGAUGAAUUACUGCAAGACAAGAUACACCAAGGCACACUCCCUUGCAUCUUUUGGGCGGCUACCAAUGCCCAAGAGACCAUAUAUGAGAAUCAAGCUGGACUGAGGAUUAUGGGUGAUGAGACGUCGGGACAGGUGACGCCAGAGACGACCCUCGAAUUGUACUCUAUGACCAAAUUUGUCGUAGCUCUUGCGGUCCUUCAAUUGGUGGAUGCUGGACAGCUGAACUUGGACGAUGAGGACAUCGUUUACCGUAUCCUACCAGAGCUUGGAGAUCAGAAAGUUCUGCAGGGCUACGACGAGAAUGAUGAUGCUAUACUGUUGCCUCAAGCCGCUCGCAUAACACCCAGAAUGCUGCUAAAUCACACGGCGGGCUGCACUACCCCUCAACGUAAUGCAAUGCUCGCCAAGUGGUAUGCAAAGCAGGGACACCAAGCUCCUGACGGUUUGUCGACGAAAGCCUCCGUUCGUUCUCUCAUCGCUCCCCUCCUACACCAACCUGGAUCGACGUGGAUGUACAGCUCGGGUACAGAUUGGCUAAGUAUCCUCAUUCAUCGCAUGACUGGUCUCACACUCGAAGAAUACUUCAGGAACCAAAUCUUUGACCUUGUGCCCGGUAAGAUGCCAGAUACGACCUUUUACCCCCGACCCGACAUCGUUGAGCGAAAAGCGGCCAUCUACCUUCGUCUGGAUAAUGGUGACCUGAAGAAGUAUCCAAAUUUUUCCAAUGAUCGUCCAAACACCGUGGAGACGGUCAGUAAAGAGUUUCUAGCUGGAUCAGGCGGAUUGUUCGGUACCACUCGGGACUUUUUGGCCCUUUGUCGAGCUGUUUUACAGUGCGACCCAAGCAACCUAUCUCCUCCUGCUCGACCUCUGAUAUCGCCCGCAUCCUUCAAGUUGCUAUUCGCACCGUCCUUGACAACAGACUCGGCAAAGGCUGAGGCAGUCAAGUAUUAUCGCUGGGAAGGUCGUUGGUCCCCGGAUCCAACGGUGGAGAAUAUGACCCAUUCUCUUGGUCUGGCCGUCAACCUCUGUGACAGUGAUCAUGGACGGCGCGCUGGAUCAGGUGGCUGGUACGGUAUGGCGAGGACACACUUUUGGAUCGACCCUGCGUCGGGUCUUGCAGCUGUCUGCAGUACCCAAGUCAUCGGACCGGAGCCGGACCCAUGGAAUGGGGUCUUUAACGCUUUUGAGAGAACUCUCUAUAGUGAACUCGAAUCGAACGGUGAAGCGACAUUGGAGUGAAUGACGCGGAUCCAUUGGGAUCAUUGCACUUCAUUCAUGCUCAGAGACUCGACCACAGAGGGGUUUGGGACAGUGUCCGGUGUGCACAAAUCGCUUACUUCAAGGCUCCAUGCUGACAAUUCUACGCCUUGAUUGCGCCGAUCUUCUUCAUCUGUUCAAUGGUGUCCUUGAUCAUCUCAUCGACGGUCGUAUCUUACAGGGUCAGCUUGCUGACAGCAGACUGACUUACAUUUGAUGCCCAACUCGCGCUCGGCCUUGCUUCCAUCCAGCUUAAA